AUGAAUCAAUCAUUUACAAUAAGAGAAAAGUGUCCUGGUUGCGACUGUCUUUUAAUUCACAGUUCAGGCAGAAAAAAACAAAUAGAAAAUGCACAGGAAGCAAAUAAUUAUUCCAUUUCAUUGCAGCGAGCAAUUUUUGUUGAUGAUAUUAUUUGUCAAAAAUGUAGACUUUCUAUUUAUAGAAAAAAGAAACCUGAACAGAGCUUUGACUUAAAUACCGAAAUUGAUGUCCCUGAGUCAAUGGACAGUGAUCCCACCUUUGAAAUAGUCGAAUCAAAUGUAUCAACUUCUGAAAUUGAACGUGUAGAAGUUUUAGUUCAGAGAACGAUUUCCGCACAUAAUUAUUGUUGUUUUUGUAGUUCUAAAAAAGAUCUACGUGUCAUUCCUGAGGAAACUCGAAUUCAAUGUUAUAUUAAAACUCAAAUUUACAUUCCAUCUGGGAAUCGAUGUUGCCGUGCGCACUUUUUAAAAAAUAGAAUUUAUGAAGAAGAUCUUGUUCUCCUGAUAGCUUAUUCUAACACUACCAGUCUUACUGCAUCAGAAUUAUCAAAGAUAAUGGGGACUCUUUCUGUUAGGUGUGAUUCGACGUUACUUGACAAAGUGGGUGAAUACACUCUUUCCGAAAAACAACUCAAAGUUUUCACAGGUUUAAACUGGGAACAACUUAAUGAGUUGAAAGAUAUGUUGACUUCAUUGCGAAACAGUCAAUCCCGUUCUGUGAUUCAGGCUCUUGUUGUCUUUUUGUUAAAAUUAAGAUCAGGAAACUCUAAUGCAAUGAUUGCUUCUAUUUUGCAAUUGAAAAAUGAGCAUGAUGUUUCCGAUUAUUCGAACAGCGUAAUGAAAUCCUUUGAAAAUGAUGUUUUGCCAUUCCGUUUUGGUAUAAAUUCUGUCAGUAGGGAUGAACUCAUCCAAAACCAUACAACGGAAAUAGCAAAGCUACUAUUCGAUGCUCAUGACAAAUUGUUUUUGAUCUGCGACGGCACAUAUGCUAGGCACCAAAAAAGUACCAAUAAUGAGUACCAAAGGAAAUCGUUCUCUGGUCAGAAGAAAGUCCCUCUUUGUAAGCCGUUUACAAUUUGUACGACAGACAGAAUUGUUGUAGAUAUGCUUGGACCAUAUCUUGCUAACCAAAAUGAUGCCCAGAUUUUAGAGUCCAUAAUUGACGAUCAUGAAAGUUUGCCUAAGAUCCUUAAUGAAGGUGACAUUUUUGUUCUUGACCGCGGUUUCCGUGACAUAAAAGGAAAACUUGAAGAAAAAAAAUUCCAGGUUUUGAUGCCUGCUUUAAAAGGAAAAAGGAAACAGCUAACAGCUGAAGAAUCUAAUGACUCUCGGUUUGUCACCAAAAUUCGAUGGCCUGUAGAGUCAGUUCAUGGUGUCAUCAAGCAAAAGUAUACUCUUCUCGAUCAUAAAAUCGAUAAUAAGUUACUGCCAAAGGUAGGACUGUACUUUAGAAUUGCUUGCUUCCUGAAUAAUACAUUUGGCAAAAGAUUGCAAUCUGACGUAGAUUCAUUCAAUGACAUACUUCAAAGGAUGCAAAGUCAAAAAAUUGUGAAGUUUACUUUGCCUGAUGAAGUAGAAAAAAAUGGAUGGCUGCGCAAGAAACUGCCUUUUGGAACCAUCACGUCAAAUGAUCUCACAGAUUUUCCAGAAUUAACGGAAAAUGAGUUAAAAAUUCUAUUCACAGGGACCUACCAACUUUCUCAGGCCGUUUCUUAUUUAGCAGAAAUGCUUGACAAAGAUGGCAAUCUGAGAAUGGAAUUUGUUAAAGACAAUUCUAGUGUUUUAAAGAUUAGAGUUCAAUCCCGUCAUAUUUCUCGCCAAACAUAUAGGUGUUUUAUAAAAUAUGCACCAAACAGUAUCGGAAUUUCUUGA